AUGCACGAGCGUCUGAUCGUCCAGCUGGCCAGGCUGUUCACCACCGCCCCGGAGAAUGUUGACCUGUUCGGCGUGCAGAACAACGACGCCGGCGGCGUGGACGUGCGCUACUCGGCGCACGGCUCGCCCUAUUACGACAGCGAACGCAUGGACGGCAUCGUGGCGCAGAACAAAAAGCAGCUGGAGGAUUUGUUCGGCUUCGAGAUCGAGCAAGUGGGCAUCAAUGACUGCCUGUACGAGGCAACCUGCCAGGGCAGCUGCCACGCCGAGCUGAAGAUCUUCGACGACGAGGUGUACCGCGUCCAGACCAACACGUCGAGCAUCAUAGGUGUGAAGACGGAGCUGCAGUACCGCUGUGGCGAGUGCGAGGCCAAGAUGGAGCGCCAGAUCUGUCUACACGACGGCGGCUGGAAUGAGGCGCGGCAAAAGUGCGACUGCCCGGAAGGCUACCCUGGCCCCAACUGCCAGGGCGACACGAUCCACUUCGAGGGCACCGGCUACGCCUGGUUCCCGACGCUGACGGCGUGUAACGCGUCGCGGCUCAGCUUCGACCUGACCACGGCCGCCGACGAGGGCCUCGUCAUGUACAACGGGCCGCUGUCCGAGCCCCCCGACUUCGUGCAAGAUUUUUUCGCGGUGGACCUGUUGGAGGGUCGCCUGCGUGUGUUCAUGAACUACGGUACGGGAACGGUAGUGGCCAGUCCCGAGGUCAAGGUCGACGACGGGGUCAUCCAUCACGUGGACAUCACCUGGGACACAGAGACGGUACUGGUGCUGGUGGACAGCUGCGUGGGCGGCACCACCUGCCAGGCGUCGGUGGCGGCGCCUGCCGCGCCUGACGGCGAGAAGAACGCCUUCCUGAACGUGGUGACGCCCCUGCAGCUAGGCGGCUCGGCCGUGCCGCUGGACCGCGUGCAGGCCUUCAUGUCCUGGGAGACGGUGCCCGGCUGGGGCGGCUUCUCCGGCUGCCUCCAGAACAUGACCUUCCUCGACAGGGUGUUCGACCUGAGCGCGCCUGCUGAGGGGAAGGACUUCAGCCGUUACUGCUCGGAGGUGGUGAAGGCCAAGCCGGUCAUAGAGCCGACGUCUGGCUUUCUGGCCGUCAUUCUCGGCUGUGCGGGUAUCCUGCUGAUGCUCAUCAUCGCGGUGAUCAUGUACCGCCGACGGCACGUGCGAGCCCUCUACAAGGAGCCGACGGACGAGAUGCGGGACACCAUCAUCAACUAUGACGACGAGGGCGGCGGCGAGAAGGACCAGACGGCGUACGAUCUCAGCGUGCUGCAGGUGGCCAACGGCGUGCCCAAGGAGAACGGCCGGCCGGUGGGCCAGACGCCCGGCCAGCCGCCGUCCGUGCGCAGCUUCAUCGACGACAACAAGAACCAGAUGGACAAGGACGAGCAGGCCUGGCCGUCAGACGACGUCAGGAACUACGCCUACGAGGGCGGCGGCAGCUCGGCCGGCUCGCUCUCCUCGCUCAACUCGGGCACAGACGACAACGACCUCAACUUUGACAUCCUGAACGAGUUUGGUCCCCGCUUCCGCAAGCUGGCCGACAUGUACGGCGGUGGCGACGAGGACGAGGACGAGCCGGCGGCCGGCGGCCGGCCAUCGUCUCUCGCUGGCGAGUCCUGGUGCUAGCGGCGGCCCGCCACCUCGGC